ACUAUCUACAUAAAUCCACUCACACCUCUAUACGCGUAACACGUACACAGUUCCAGAUCUAUUGAUUUGUCAAUGAUAGAACUGUACUUUUUUUAUUGUGUUAACUAAAAUACUGUCGAAGUCAGGAGUAAAGUAUAACUGAAAUAACAUAGUAAGCCAUUAUAUCUGAACAUGGAAGGCACGUAGUAUGACCCAUAUUCAUAAUCAUUCGACACUGUACAUAUCGCGCAGCUGCAAGAGGAGAAGAUUGCAGCCAUAGAAGAGAAGCUGGAGCUGUCUACGCAGAAGCUGGCGCAGAUGUCCUCGCUGCCCGAGAUGGAGGAACAGCUCAAGGCGCGUAUGGAAGCCCUCAACCAGGCUCAAGAGAGGCACGGCUCGGCCGAGGACCGCAUCCAGCGGCUCGAGGCCAACGUCGAGGAGAAGAACGCCGAGCUCAUGCGCCUCAACCAGCGGCUGCGGAUGAACGAGGAGCACAACACGCGCCUCUCCGCCACCGUCGACAAGCUGCUGUCCGAGUCCAACGAUAGGUUACAAGUCCACCUAAAAGAACGCAUGCACGCGUUAGACGAGAAGAACGCAUUAACUCAGGAGUUGGACAAGACGCGCAAGUAUGCGGACGAGCUCAUGGCGGAGAAACAGGACAUCCUCAAGGAACUAGCCAAGUGGCGCAUGGAGACUGAACAGUUGAAGCGCCAAAUGCUGGAGCAGGAGAUCGCGUUCAACAUCCAGCAGACGGACGCGCUCACGCGCUCGCUGUCGCCCGCGCACGCGCCGCGCACGCCCUCCGCGCUCUACCAGCCCAAGCUGGACGGGUCUUGGGAGAAAUUGCAGCAGGCGCACGUGUUAGCUAACGUACAACAACAGUUCGAUGUCUCCAGCGAUGCUGAGGUAAGAUUUACAUUUAUUUAUAAUAACGCCAUGAGAAACAUACAGUACAUUAUCAUAUUUAGGACCUAUAGUAUACAGUACAUUAUUUAGGACCUAUAGUUUGUUACAAAAAAAAAAUACUACAAUGGCCAAUAAAGUUUCUACAAUUACUAUUAUUAGCUAAGUUUAUGAAAACUAGAGUGCCCAAAAUGCGAAAAUUUUGGUACAUUAUCUUGAUAUAAAUUGACAAAUUAUUUCUUUCAACUUUGAUAAUCAUUACUCCUUACGUUUAAAUAUUUUAAUGAUGAAAGUUG